UAAUUAUUUAAUUCGCAAAGUAAACUUAUAAAGAAAUAAAGCAAACUAAUGAAACAGCUUUUUUCGUCUAGACAUUCUCAACGACUAGCUAGCUAGAUUCAGAGUUAAACCUGAUCACAGAGAGAGAGAGAGAGAGAGAGAGAGAUACCGAAUGUUCACAAACGAUUCUUCUAUCUUUGUAACAGAGAGACAUGCCUUCAAGACCAAAUCCAAUCCGACCAAAGCUAUUCAUCAACAGAACAAAAACGCUCUUCUUGAUUCUCACAAUCUCAUCUUCUCUUGUAAUCUUCUUCGCAAUUCUCUACUUCAUCUAUCACCUCUGGAUUUCUCUUCUUAACCGCUCUAGAACCAACCCUUUCGACGUUGCUGCUGCGUCGCCAUUAAAGCUCCAGCUUUUCACUUACAAAGAGCUCAAACUAGCGACAAACGAUUUCGACGAAUCCAAUGUGAUUGGUAAAGGCGGCUCUGGUACUGUGUUCAGAGGCAUCACAAGAGAGGGCAAGCUUUUCGCGGUUAAGAGACUCGAUAAUCUCUCUAUUCAAACAGAGACCGAGUUUCAGAACGAGUUACAGAUUCUUGGCGGGUUAAAAUCGUCUUUUUUGGUUACCCUUUUAGGUUAUUGCGUCGAGAAGCAUCACAGGUUCUUGAUUUACGAGUAUAUGCCAAACAAGAGUCUUCAAGAGCUUCUCUUUAACGAAGAUGGAGAUUCGUGCUUGCAUUGGGAAAGGAGAUUCAGUAUCCUCCUCGAUGUAGCGAAAGCUCUCGAAUUUAUGCAUUUCGGGUGUGACCCACCAGUGAUUCAUGGAGAUAUCAAGCCUAGUAAUGUUCUUCUGGAUUCUGAAUUUAGGGCAAAGAUUUCGGAUUUUGGUUUGUCUAGGGUUAAAGUGGAGGGAGGUUAUGGGGUUGAUUUGUUCAGCCAAGAACUUUCUGGGAAUUUUGGAGGAGAGAGCACUCCUCAGACCGCCAUUGGUACUCCAACGCAUCCUGAGGUUGAUUUUGCUCUUGCUCUACAAGCUUCUUCGUCUUCCAAGAACAGUAGAACAAGUCGUAACGUUAAGGGAAUGAAUCUGAAUUCGAUGAGUUUAGCAAUGGAGGGUGAGACAAAAGGAAAAGAGGUUUCACACGAUGGGGAUGAUUCUAAAGUCAAUCAUGUUGUGUUGUCAUGUGAGGAUCAUGAGUUUGAUCAGGGCAAUGAGAUGAAUUUGAGCCCUAAUUCGGUUCUUGAUUUGGGGAAGGGGUCUAAGCAAUGGGGGAGAGAUUGGUGGUGGAAGCAAGAAGGGAGUGGUGAAUUGUGUAGUAAAGACUAUGUCAGGGAAUGGAUAGGGAGUCAGAUUGACACGGCGAAUCCGGAUUGGGAUGAUGAGAAGAAGGUCAUCACUACUCCUGAGCUGGGAGUUUCCACUAGGACAAUCGAUAAAGCAGAAGAUCGAGAUGAGUCUGGUUUGAAUGAAUAUAGGUUUGACACUCUUGGAGAGAAGUUUGCGAAAGAAGAGAUCAACGAAAAGACGAAGAAGAAAUUGAAAAAGAAGAAGAAGCACAGGAAUAUGGAGGAAUGGUGGAGAGAGGAAGAGCAUCAAGAUGAGAUGAAUAACAAAAAGAAGAUUAGAAUUCUGAGAAUCAAGUUCAAGAAUCAUUUGAAAUUCCCACAUUUUCGUUACUGUUUUCGUCAAAAGGGUGAAAACAGCGUGCAUGACCGAGAAGGAGAAGGAGCGGGAGAAUUUAGCUUCAGAAGAGCAUGGAGAAGGGAAAGCAAUAGCAGCAGCAAGAAGAAGAAGAACUACAAUAGAUCAAUGGGGAAUGAGAUGUGGAGUGGUGAUUUGUUCAACCGCGAAUUAAGCAGCACGACGACGAGUAUGAGAGGAACAUUGUGUUACAUAGCACCGGAAUAUGGAGGCGGUUGCUGUUACUUGAUGGAGAAAGGCGAUAUCUACAGCUUUGGAGUACUGAUUCUAGUGAUAAUCUCGGGUAGGAGGCCUUUACACGUCCUUGCAUCACCGAUGAAGCUUGAAAAAGCGAAUUUGGUGAGCUGGUGUAGGCAAUUGGCUCAGUCAGGGAAUGUUCUUGAGCUGGUCGACGAGAAAUUGAAGGAUGUGUAUAACAAGGAAGAAGCAGGAUUGUGCAUUAACUUGGCUUUGGCUUGUCUGCAGAAAGCACCUGAGUUACGGCCUCAUGUUAGUGAAAUUGUGAGAAUCUUGAGAGGGGAAAUGGAUAUUUCCUCGACUGCUUACGAGUUUUCUCCAUCGCCUCCGGCAAAAUUUUAUGGCAGUAGAUCGAAGCGGAGAAGUUAAAACAGGGAAAUGCGGAGUAGUACGUAGUUCGAGGUUUGAUCUGAUCUUUUCAUUUACGAAAUUGUUAGAUGUAACUUGAGAGAGUUUUCGCUUUUGAGAACUGUAUUAUGUUGUAAUGUUUGUAAACUAUAGUAUAUAUGAAUGAGAUGCAAAUUUCAUCAAAA